AUGCACCGCCGCCUUGCCCUUGCCACCGCGGCCGCAGCGCCCGCGCUCCGGCGGUUCUCGCACCACAGCGCGCCUCCCCGGCCUGACCUAAGGCUCGCCUUCCUCCGCUCCGAGGUCGACGAUCUCGAGCUCUCCCCCUCUCAUAAACCAUCGCCACGGCCUCCCCAUAGAGAGCAAUGCCAGGUUUUAGAAGAGCUAAGAAGCGGCCUUGCUCUUGCUGGAAACGCUCCGGCAGCUGUGGAUAUAGCGCACCCGUGGCCGGAGUGGGUUGCUCUGAUGGAGCACCUCCUCCGUCGGGGCCACGUUGACCCCUCCACCUUCGCCGCCGCCUCUCUGUCUUCUAAGGACGCCAACGCUGUCCGCACCGCCUGCCUCCAAUUCGGGCGCCAGCGGCCGGAGCUCAUCAGGCAUAUAUCAAGAUGGGAUAUUCAGGUUGCCAUGCGAUGUGGUUGUCCCAGCAUCGACAGGAAGGUUGUAAACUCUGGGAAACGACUGCGGGCCUAUGUAGGACUUGAUGAAGGAGAGGUUUGCAGCCAAUGCAAUUUAAGAGGAAGUUGUGAUAGGGCAUAUGUAAAGGCUCAGAAAGAGGAAGUUGGAAGGACUGUGGAUGUUAUGCGCAUCCUUUUGACUUAUGGUCUUGAUGUUAUUACCGGCAAUGUAGAGAAUAGAGCAUGCCUGAACAAAAAUGUCAGGGAAUCAAUAAAAAUCCUACUAAAUGAGGUUAUCGAGGUUGAUUCUAGGGGACCUGGUUCCAGCACUGUGAAAGCUGCACAGCGCAAAGGUCAAUCUGCUGUACCCAUGAAGCAGGGUGAUUGGAAUUGUCCCAAAUGUGACUUUCUGAAUUUUGCAAAGAAUAUCAAAUGUUUGCGCUGCGAUGGAGAAUUCCAAGAGAGGUAUCGGUUGCUGCAUGAAGACCAAGAGCAUCUACCUCUCAAAAAGGGUGACUGGAUAUGCAAAAGGUGCAACUUUUUGAAUUUUUCUAAGAACACAAGAUGCUUGCAAUGCCAUGAGAAACCAACAAACCGUUUACUCAACCCAGGAGAAUGGGAAUGUGUGUCGUGUAACUAUGUGAACUUCAAGAGGAAUGGAUUCUGCUUGAAAUGUGGUUGGAAAAGACCAAAGUCUCUAAACAAUCAAGAUAGUAUUGAAUCACGUCAUGAUUUAGAGCAUAGUAAGAAACCUAGUAUUUCAUUUGUUCAAGAUGGCGUCCAGCUGAAGAGGUGGCCAAGUCCGCAAAAGAAUGCUUCACCAUCUGACGAAGAUUCAGAUUUCUGGGCGCAGAGCGAUGAAGGAGGUGAUAGCAGGGAUAAUGAUGCACUCCUGCAACAGAAGGACUACAGAUUCCUUGAGAGUUUUCCCAUUGUUGGGGGCAGGACUGCUAAUUCCCAAGAUCGUCUUGCAAGGGAGAAGUGGAAGGAUGAAAUGUCCAGGAGAAAUAAAGGCCAUCAAACUACGGAAUCACGAGAAAGCAAUCGGCCUUCUAGCCCCGGCCGUCUUCCAAGAAGCAUGGAGCUGGUUGAGUCUGAUGAUGAUAUCGCUUCUUGGUUUUCGGGUAGGAACUUGGACAAGGCAUAA